AUGGGCCAUAUUGGACUCACCGUGUGCAAAUCUGAGACAAAUGAUGUAUUCGAAUUUGGAGUUGACAAGGGAAGGGUCUCAUUUAGUGAAGUCGGCAGUAUUGGCCUAUUUGAAAAAAUUAAAAAAAUACCUAUUAAGAUACCGUACUGCAUGAAGCUGACGUUCGUGCGCGUGGAGGUGGACAACUCACUGGGCCCGCCCGUGGUGACGCUAGACUACGGCCUGCUGAUGACCACGAUCCGCUACCGCCCACUGCAGCAUAGCAGUUCGACCUACUCCGUCAUCGCCAAGGCGAUUCCGUAUUGCAUGGACCUAACCUACGUCAAUGUGGCGGUGGACAACCCAGUCGGUCCUCCGGUGGUGUCUCUGGACCGAGACCUGUACGUGGUCACCAUCAAAUACCGCGAGUCUCAGAAAAGCGCGUCAACCUAUUCGGUCACCGCCAAGACUGUUCCUAUCAAGCAAUGCUACGAUUUCAACAAUGAUGGUUAUUAA